CAUCACUGAACCUCAUUUAAUAACUAUAUCCGGUUAAGUAGAGGAUUUUAUCUGUUAAUAGCUUUAUAUUGUGGUUUGAAGUUAUAUAUUUUGAGCAAUUAUAUAUAUACGGAACAUAUAUUUUGUGUCCGAAAUAGUAAAAGUAUGUGUGUGUGAUCCGUGGUGUGUGACAAGUGUGUAGUGUCCGCCGCACGUGUCGCCUGUGUGAGCCUGAUGGUCUCUACUCUGGUGAAGUAGAGUAGUCUGGGACCAUUGGGACUUACUGAUGAGCAAGGGAAAGCAUCAUACACAACAAUGACAACCUCACUAGAAGCACAAUUAAAGAAGUUAGCAGCUCCACAAACAACUCUCUUGGAUGAAAAAAGGUUACGAAGAUCUAUUCUCUUUGAUCCAUCGGAAGCUGCUAAAUAUGGCCGGGAUAUUUAUUAUGAUAUUGGUAGGAGUGGCUUUGAAGAUCUGGUUGAGAUUAACAGUGACUUCCGGGAGUUUCAAAACUCUUUGUUUGGUAAGACAAGCAAGGAUAUGCAACGUGCAGUGGAGGACAAGUCUGCCAACAAAUUGCUCGACAGAUCAAUUGAAAAGUUUCUUCUUCUGUUGUCUCCAUACUUGGAGAAACAGUCUGCUCUGAAGGCACUUGAAUGGCUGGUUUACAGAUUUAUGAUAAAUGAUAUGAAUAAAAAGACUCUCUUAAUGUGCAUAUUUCCCUACUAUGAGUCUGCAUUGUUUAUACGAAUUCUUCAAAUCAUCGAUGUUCACGAUAAAACAAGUGAAUGGCAUUGGCUAAGAGGAGCCCAGAAGAAAGGCCGACCAAUACCUAAGCAGACUGUGUUUACUCGUUGGAACCACAAUCAAGGCUUCAGGGGAUUCCUGGCAGAAUAUUUAAUUAACAUGCUCAAGGUGCACAAGAGUGAAGGAAACCUAAAAAUUGCCAUUUCUUUUUACGUUACAACCGUGGUUGGGGGACUGUGUCUGCUUGAUGAGGUGAAGGAAGAACACUUAUCAUAUAUUGCAACAUUGUUGCCAAAAUGCUUGGCCUCACAAGGUGAAAUGGUGGCUGGAAUGUACUUUAUAAUUGCUCAGUUAUCUGUCAAGGCAAAACUCUCUCAAGAUUUCCUUGACAAUAUUUUCAAGAAAAUGAUCCAGCAAAAUGAUCCACCAGAAUCAUUAAGGGAGCAGUGCAUUCUCUGCUUGUUAGCUUUGACACACCACCAGAAGAUUGACACCCUAAGUGAUGAUGUAAUAAUGGCCCUGGAAGAUAAAUUGUUCAUUAUUAAACGAAUUGAAGAACUUGCCACGACAAAGAGUGUUGCACCUUUCCUGUCUGCUUAUGUUACAGGUUAUAUAAGGUGGCUCUUUAGUGACUCUUGCAAGUUACGUGAUCUAGAAAAAGCCAAGAAAUUUGCAGUACUUGUCCAUCGGGUGGAAUCGACACCGUUGUCAUCUUCAGAUGCCCUAAAGGUCAUUUGGGCUUUGUUUGAGGCUGUAAAAAACAAUUACAAAGCAUUAGAGUCCUUGAAAACACUGAAACUUGCAACGACAUUAGGUGGGCUGGAGGCAAGCCACCCACAAGGUCACAGUCAGGCUUUGGCUCGUAUGGUCAACUUGGAGGACAACUCACCAACUGGAAAGCAGUAUAAGGAGAUAAUACAAAAAAUAAUGACAAACGCCAGUGGAAGUACAAGUUUGAUUCAUUUAGUUCAUCCUGAUGAUGCCAUUCGGCUGGCUGCAGUGAAAAAUUUAGUGGAGAGAGUCUCUGAGGGUCAGGAGAAGGAUGCUAGAAUGAUCAAGAUGCAUUUAAAAAACAUGCUGAGUGAUGAGCUCCCAGAUAUUGUUUUAGAAGCACUGACUCUCAUAAAGGGGUUGAGAAUGUUAGAUGCUUCAUAUUUAGUAACUGAGUGCCAGAAACUUUUAGCUAAAUCGAGGGACCAAGAAAGCCAAUGGGCCAAGGUCAAAUUGGCAUGCUUAAGAGUACUUUCAGAGACCCUGGUUGAAAAAUAUGAUGCAUACUUGAAAAUGAGUGUGCUUUACAUAUGCCUACCCUAUGUUCUUUUUCCCAAAAGUAAAAAGGAUAUUAAAGCGGCCAAAAUUGUCUUGAAAUCCAGCCUGGCAGAGAAGAGUUCUCUUUUGUCUUCUUUAUCUUGUGAACUAAGGCUGCUCUUGCUGGAUACCAGUUCUUGUAAGACUAAGGAUUACUACAUGAAAAUGUGGAAUGUCUUGCCCAAAGCCCUAGGAACAUUGUCCAAAGAUGAGCAUGUAGCCUUGUGGAAUCAUGUUGAGAGCCAGACUGGGCUUCAAGACUGCUUGGUAUCUCAUUUUAUGUCCAUGAUAUUAUUAUAUUGUGGCUUGUCUGAGUUAAAAGUUGACAAGGCCCUGCGUUUGAAAAUGGCGCAUAGACUUCUGGAUGCUUGUCUAAUUAGUUUUGAUAUGUUCAAGUGUUCUGAGUAUAAAGAAAGUGAGACGUUGGAACAGCCCACUCCAAAUGAUCUUGGAGAAUAUUUAGUGUACGUAAUGGAAGGGUUGCUGCCGAUUCCCUUUCUCACCCAGUGUAUGAAGCAGGCUACUCAAGUCUUCAAGUUCCCUGACUGCUGCAAUUCUUCGCCUUACUGGAACCCGGGCAUGGAGGAGUUGGAUGGUGAAGGAAAUUUGCUGAUUUUGAUAAAGGCAAUGAAGGGAGCAGUUCAGUUGGAGAGAUAUGAAGAAACUGGACAUGUUCACAGGAAUAGUAUUGUUGCCACAGUUCUUAAGGACUGCUUGGGAACGUCAGAAAGAAUGUAUUAUUUCCUAGCCAUCAUUUGGGGGUGGAAUUCUUCACUAAGUUUCUCUAAUGUAAUAGAUGAAGCUUUACAGGCUUGGACCUUGAGUCUGGGAUCAACCCUAUUAGGCUCUCAGUCUUCUGGACUUGCAUGGUCUCUCGGCACAAAUCAGCCAAUAGUUCCAGCCCUUAUUUCUGCGCUCACACAUGGUAGUGAGGUAGUGCGCCAUGGAGCCAUUCAGUGUAUUAAGAAGCUUGGAGGAGUGAUUGGUGGUAGGCUAUCUCAAGACAAUCAUAGCCUGCUGCUAGAAGCAAUUGCUGCCCAUGCUGAAGAAAUUAUUGCAGAUGGAAGCCAUGUUUCAUCAGUACUCUCUGAAUUUGGAGAUAAACGAAAGUCCAGAGGUUUGCAAGUAACUAAGGCCCUUCUUGACAUUGUAGUGUGUGAGAGAGUACCGAUGCACCUUAAGACGCCUCUCCUCUUUGUCCUCAGUUAUGUCACAGAUGCUGAAAUACUUACUAAUCUACUGCCUGUGGCAGACAGCAUUCUCAAUCAGGCUCUUAUUUUGAAAGAAGAUUCGAAGCUUGAUAUUGUCUCUUCAUUUUCACUCUACUACAUUUUACUUCGCUUCACACCUGAUACGUCAGAAGUCUUAGAAAGUAAAGAUGGAUGGGAGCUCUUCCUUAAGGCUAUUUCAUGUUCAAGACAAGUCUUGGAUCUAUCUCAAGAUGCUAUUCAUGAAGGUGCUGUUUCACCACAGUGUGUCUUGAUGAAGCAGGUUAUGACUCGCAAGUUCUUCACCAGUAUCAAGAGUGAAGAGGUACAGUCUCGACUCUGGAGUGUCCUCAUCAGCCGUGUUGUUGAAUCUGAUGAUCCCAGUGAGGCUGCCCGGCUCCGCAAGGGUCUCCGGAAAGUCAGCUUGGAUGCUGUUGUUAUUAUCAAGCAGAUUGAGGGGUUAAAUUUAGCUGAUAAAGUAUCAUCUAUAAAAGCAGCUCAAGUUAAGAAAAAGAGGCUAAAGAAGAACGUAAAUGAUAGUAACCAACUUUUGGCUUGGAAGAAACUUGGCCUAAUGUUGGAAACUAUCGGUGUGAUGGCGUCACUAGGCCGACCAUGGUUAUUGGUCGGCCCCUUGUGCCAUUGCCUCCAACACACACUAACUCUAGACACAGUCAUUACGGAAUUGGUGCAACAACAGAUACUUUCUGCAAUAUUGCAUCUGCUGCAGAAGUCAGAAGAAGAAUUGGGAGAAGGUGUGAAUAAAGAAGUGCAGCUGAACGUUGAACUGAUUGUUCAGUGUAUUCGGUCAUCAGUGAACUCAGAUACACACCGGCGUGCAAUGCUUAUUCUUGCCUUGGCAGCAAAAAUUUCAUCAGAAGCAGUGAUGCAUAAUAUGAUGUCCAUCUUCACUUUCAUGGGCACUUCACUUCUGAGACGUGAUGACUCGUACUCCUUCCAGGUUAUACACCAGACCAUACAAAGCAUCGUACCGGCACUCAUUAAGUCUGAAACUGAAGAAAAUCUCUUGGUGAAACUUGCACAAGUUUGCCAAGUAUUUGUGGAUGCUCUUCCAGAUCUACCAGAGCACCGCCGCUUGGCACUCUUCACACAACUUGCCUCCACAAUUGAUGCCAACAAAAACUUGUGGAUUAUCUUAGCUCUCAUGGCUGAUGCCCAUGUCAUGAGAGGAAGUAUAAUUGAUGCAGCUGGUAUUAAAGUGGAGGACAAACGAGGCCUUCCUUAUGAUAUUCAGUUUGCCCUUAAACUAUGUAGCCAGUUUUCUAUGUUGGCCCAAGUGUAUGCGUGUUGCCAGCUGAUGGAUCAUAUCAGUAGCAUGCCUGAGGAAAAAGAGGAUAUGACCGUUCAAAAAAGAUCGGCUGACAAGGCUGCUCAGCAAGGUCGGGACAUCAUGUGCUUUGAUUCAUACUCUGCUAAGCAGAUGUGUCACUUGAAGUAUACCAUUGCUGGCCUUGUAGCACAUCUUCUCUCAUCUGAAAAAUUUGUCGGACAGGUAUACGAAGCUACUGAAGAACAAGCUGGAGAAUUACAGGAGCUUUAUAGGCAGCUUCUGGAGAAGACUUUGUGCUACCUGCGCACUGUAAGUCUGUCAUGUGAUCACCACAAAGAUAAACCUGGAGGUCGUUUGUAUAUGUCUCUGCAACGUAAGGUUGUGGAUGUCGUAGAUGGAAUAAAUGCAGUACUACCACCAAACAUGUUGAUAGAAGUCACCAAGAAUCUUCUGACUUCUUCACUAUCACUCGUUCGCUGUAAAGCCAUGGAAAUUCUCUGUGCAAAGCUUCAGCCAAAUGCCAAUUUCUUCAGGAAAGAAAACAUAGCACAUUUAAAACCAUUCAUCAAAAUUUUGCUCAAGUUGGCACUGAAAAUCAAAGAACCAUCAGACAAUAGACAAACUGCCCUCUUUACUUUACACUUACUUACAAAAUAUGUGGCACCUCAAGUUCCUGUUGAAGCAGUUCAGCCAGUUUUAUCUGCUGGAGUGGACCUCAUCUGCAGAGAAGACACAGAGAUGAAGCUUGUGACACAGGCACUGUUGGUGGUGGCAGAAUCUGUGGUUGCUCUUAAGGCCCAUGCCGUUACUUUCUUAGGACAGCUGUUGCCUGUCCUUAUUAAAUUUUUAAAUGAAGAUCAAGACUCUGAUCAUCUACUUUUGGCAACUGUCACUGCAACUCAGAAGCUACUUGAAAAUGUGCCUCAGUUCUUGUCACCAUAUCUAGUGUCUCUGGUGUGUUCCGUGUGUCGCCUCUCUGCCCGCAAGGAAAAAGCUGCCAUUAAGGAGUCUCGGCUGAUUAUGAGACUGGGCAUUGUCAGAGAUGCAUUAGUCAAGCAGAUUGAGCCACGAGUCCUCAUUCCUAAAUUGACAGAGGCAUAUGAAACAUUGUCGAAGACAGAGGUUGCAGCUCUGCAGAGUUUCACUGUGACACUGGAGAUGCUCAUUACUCACGUUGAUGUGAAAACACUGACAAGACACAAACCUGCACUGCUGAACCUUUUCACCGGAGCACUGGAUCUUAGGACAGUAAAGGGUGAUUCUGAGGUCGUGUGUGCGGUCGAGACAGAUGUAUCUGGUGCCUUGGGCAAAUUACUUCUUCGCCUCAAUGAGUAUGACAACGUUGCCAUUUUCCGCUCAUUACAAACCUGGGCUGCUGAGGCUGAAGACAAGCCUUCCAGACUAAUAACAUUCUAUAGGUUUGCUGAUCACUUGGCUGGAACAUUCAAAGUGCUGUUCAUCAAAGCCAAACUGGCAGACAGUUUGUUUAGUCAUGCUGCAAGCCUUCUUGAAUGUAACAACUCGCUUAAGAAACCUAACACAGUAUUUGGGUGUGGAGAUGAAGCAGAAAACAAAACAUCUGUCCUUCUUAAUGCAGUUUUGGAUUCGCUCACCAAAAUCUUUCUCUAUGACUCUGUUAAUUUUACCAACCAAGAAAGAUUCCAACUCAUGGUCAGACCUUUAACUGAUCAGCUGGAGAACACCAUUGGUGGUACAGAAACCUACAAAAAUCGUGUCAACAAUCACCUGAUUCCGUGCAUUACUAAGUUUGCCAUCGCUGUUGGAGACGACUCUCUUUGGAAGAAUCUUAACCGACAGAUCCUCCUUAGAGUCAGAAAUGAUGACCAGCCUAUGGUAAUUUUGGCAGCAUUGCAAACCUUCCAGGCACUAAUGGAAACACUGGGAGAAGACUUCUUACAACCUGUAUUGGCAGACACAAUGCCCUACAUCACUGAGGUUCUAGAAAGUCUUAAUACUGAUGUUGAAGCUUUUACUAGAGAAAUAUUUACCAAGAUGGAAGGGAUACUUGGGGAUAAUCUACGAGCUUACUUGGAUUAUUGAUAACAUUGACUUUAUUCGGGUUUAUUUAAAUUAAAUAUAUACAGUAUAGAUGAAAUGAAGUUAUUGGUAAGUUAAAUUAAAUGUAUCUAUUUCAAAAAAUACAAAAAUUAUCAAUUA